AUGGCACUGGAUCUGGCCAACAGAGCGUCACAGGACUUCCAAAUUCUGAUGACCCCGAAUCAUUUUGGAUUGUCAAGUCAAUUAUUGGAUCCAAAUGCUCAAGAGGGUGAGAAUUACGGAAAAUUCUUGCACAGCCAUCAUCAUAAGUCCCCGUUGUCAAAUCAACAGGAAGUCAGCGCUUUUGAUGGAUUAGAUACAGGUGACAAUUGGAAGUUGAUAUGUGUAGAUACCUCCGCGAAAUAUUGGUUGCGGGAGCAGAAAAUCAAACUUUUACACGUCGACACGUCAUUAUACUUGUCAUCGAACAAAGAGAUGGUUUAUAAUAACCCAAUUAAUGGACAAAUUGAGGUUGCAGCUUCGUCGAGAAAUGAUAAGAAUACCGAGUGGAUUGCACAGGAAGGGAUGUACUUUGCUGAUAAAAACACAAAAUCAUCAUAA